AUAGACAAGGCCGAGACGAGGCUUCAGGGCACUUCGCUGUCCACGAUCGGGAUUGCAGAGCCUUGCGUGAUUUUGUGCUCUGGCGCGUAUCUCACUAGUUAUCAGUGAUGACCAGGACGUGCUAAAUAUAGAAGUAAUAGUUUUUCGGGUUUUGUGUUUCUCAGGCGAAUUUGACGCCUCUCGAGGAUUUAGGGUUUGACUCAGCGUGUUGUGGUAACUUGGAGGUUGGGAUUGUAGGUUGCGGGAAGGAGCUGACCAAGGCGGUUGUUCUUUUCGUGCCUUAUCGGAUUCUACUUGUGAAAACUGACAACGUGAAUACUCGAGCGCAAACGAAGAGGGUGUGUGCAACAUUGUAUAGGGCUAGGGUUUCCAGUGAGUUGGGACACUCAUCGGAAUUGGGUUCGGAGAUUGAGAUUGUUUUUGAUUGGGAGGAUUGAUGUUUGUCUGUGAUUGCGAGUUGUGGCUCUGAUUACCGAUUUGGGUGACUGAUCAUUGCGCUAUCAACUGACAAUUUAUAUUUUCUAGGCUGAGUGAAAGAGAGUUGUAGAAGGGGGGGAGAGAGAGGGAGGGAGACAUGUCGUCGAGCAGUGGGUUGACCUUCAAGUUGCACCCUCUAGUGAUUGUUAACAUCUCCGAUCAUCACACCCGGAGUAAGGCCCAAACCGGGCGAGCUGGUCGUCCACCCCGCGUGUAUGGCUGCGUUUUAGGGGUGCAAACGGGGCGCACGGUUGAAAUAUUCAACAGCUUUGAGCUUCGCUACGAUCCGGUUGAGGAACUCUUGGAUCGCGCCUUUCUUGAAACCAAGCAAGAGCAAUACAAGAAGGUUUUUCCCAAGUAUGACGUCCUGGGCUGGUACUCAACCGGCAGCGAUGUCCAGGAUUCGGAUAUGCUUAUUCACAAAGCUCUCAUGGACAUUAAUGAAAGUCCAGUUUAUGUGCUCCUGAAUCCAACUAUCAACCACGCACAGAAAGAUCUUCCUAUCAGUAUUUUCGAGAGCGAAUUACACGUGAUUGACGAAGUUCCUUCCCUCAUCUUUGUUAAUGCUAGCUAUACUAUAGAGACGGUUGAAGCUGAGAGAAUAUCAGUGGACCACGUGGCACACAUAAAGCCUUCUGACGGAAGCUCUGCUGCAACACAGCUUGCUGCUCAUUUGACCGGGAUGCAUAGUGCCAUAAAGAUGCUUAAUAGCAGGAUUCGAGUUUUAUAUCACCACCUUGCUUCUAUUCAGAAAGGGGAUGCUGAAUACGAACAUUCUUUGCUACGUCAAAUUUCAAGUCUUGUGCGGAGAUUACCAGCUAUUGAUUCUCCUAAGUUUCAAGAUGAUUUUCUCAUGGAAUACAACGAUACUUUGCUCAUGACUUAUUUGGCCACGAUUACCAAAUGCUCCAGUACUAUGAAUGAGUUGGUGGACAAAUUCAACACAGCUUAUGACAAGCAAAAUCGGCGGGGUGGACGUACUACUUUCAUUUGAGUUCUCAAUAGUGGUCAGUCUCCAUAUAGAGAAAAGCAUUAGCUAAGGUACAGGCAUAGUUUGGAUGGUUAAUGUAGGAUAGUUUGUGUCAGCGACUGCUUUUUAUCAUGAGGUGGUUUCUAGAUACGAUACAUAUUGCCUUCACCCAAUGUAGGGAUCCAGCGUCAGGAAGGUAUUCUAGGUGUAAUGUUUGGUAGGAACCAAUCUGAACAUGUGCUAGCCUGUUCUAAGCGAGGAUCUGAUUGUCGUGAGCUACACAAAGUUUAUUCAAUGUCUGGAGGAAGUGAGUUUCGCCA